UGUUUAUCUUCAUUGAAACAUAGAUUCUUCGUUCUUGUGUGUGAAUCACAGGGCAUAAGCAUUUUUCCAUCCAUCAGCUGCAUCACAAAAGAAAACAAUCAGAUAUGGAGUCCAAGUAUGACAGGAAAAGUGAGUUGAAGGCUUUUGAUGACGCAAAAACUGGUGUCAAGGGCCUUGUAGAUGCUGCAGUGUCAAAAAUCCCACAGAUUUUCAUUGAUAAGCAGCAUCAACUUGAUGAAAAAUCCUAUUCAGAUCACAGUAAGUUUAGUAUUCCAAUCAUAGAUUUAAAUGACAUUGAUCAUGAUGCAGGAAGACGUCAGGAGGUAAUUCAGAAAGUUAAGAAUGCCUGUGGGAAAUGGGGUUUCUUCCAGAUGAUUAAUCAUGGGAUUCCUGCAAGAGUUUUGGAUGAAAUAAUUGAUGGAAUAAGAAGAUUUCACGAGCAAGAUUCUGAGGUGAAGAAAAAAUUUUAUACUCGUGAUGAAACGAGAAAGGUGAUGUACAAUACAAAUUUUGAUUUCCAUAAAGCACCAUCUGCUAAUUGGAGGGAUUCGUUGUACUGCCUCAUGGCCCCUCAUCCUCCCCACCCUGAUGAGUUGCCUUCAGUAUGCAGAAACAUAUUGAUGGAAUACUCAGAUGAAGUGAUGAAACUAGGGCUGACCAUUUUCGAAUUGAUAUCGGAAGCUCUAGGUCUCAAGCCCUGCUAUCUGAAAGAUUUGGGUUGUGCAGAGGGACUUUAUGUUAUAGGUCAUUACUAUCCUCCAUGCCCUGAGCCAGAAUUGACAUUAGGUCUGAGCAAACACACUGAUAGUGCCUUCCUUACUGUGGUUCAACAAGACCAAUUGGGUGGUCUCCAAGUCCUCCAUGAGGAUCAUUGGGUUGAUGUUAGUCCCAUUCCUGGAGCACUAAUAGCAAACCUUGGAGAUAUGUUUCAGCUUAUAUCUAAUGACAAGUUCAAAAGCGUGUAUCACAGAGUGCUGGCCAAAAACACAGGACCAAGAAUCUCAGUGGGCUGUUUUUUCAGAACGCAUAUGCAGGAAGAGGGUGCGUCUAGGCUCUAUGGUCCAAUCAAGGAACUGCUAUCAGAAGAAAACCCUCCAAAAUACAGGGAGACAAGCCUCAGAGAAUAUGUUGCCUUUGCCUACUCCAAAGGCAUUUAUGGUGACACUAGAACUAGAUUAGAUCAUUUCAAGUUGUGAACAAGACAAACACUCAAAUUGUUUGGUGCGUAGACAGUACGGAUUAAACUUGACUGAAGAUCAUGUAGGACCCUAAGCCCCAAUCAGUCUCUGCCCGAGGCAUAGCUAAUGUUGGGUCCAAAUCCAAUUCUGACGCACAGUUGUCCCUCUCUUUUUAUAAUAUUUGAAUAUAGAAAAGAAUAAAUUUUUUUCCAGAUU